AUGGAAGAGCCGUCCUUGGAGCUCACGGUGCCGGGGAGCCCGUUGGAGGAGGCUGCGGAUGGGGCAGGGAGCCCGCUGGAGGUGGAUGAAGAUGCAGCACAGAUCCCGUGGGAGGCGGAUGCGGAUGGAGAAGCGAUCCCGUGGGACGUGGAUGCAGAUGAAGAAGGGAUCCCAUGGGAUGUGGAUGCAGAUGGAGCAGGGAUCCUGCUGGAUCUGCACGCCAUGCGCGACGCCCUGCGGCCCUUGCAGGCCGAGGCGAGCCGCCUGCGCCGCUGCAACGGGAGCCUCGAGGAGCAGAUGGCCCUCGCCAAGAGGAAGCGGGAUGAAGAGGUCCGGCAGUACCGGGAGCAAGUGGAGGAGCUGGAAGAGCGGCUGAAGGAGCUCAAGAACGGGGUGCAGCAGCAGCAGCGCAAGAACCAGGAGCUGCAGGAGCUGCGGAGCAGCCUCCACCAGGAGCUCUCCAUCUACAAGGGCUGCUUAGAAAUCUACGGACACCUUUGCAAAUCAGAAGAAAAAGCCGAGCAAGACUACGAGGAAUGACGGCUUUUCCCGUUUUUAG